UCACUCUGAAGAAGCUGCAAGAAAUAGCCGCUUUUCGGAUCACAUCGCAUCACAUACCGGGAACAUUCGGUAUCAUGAACAACAUCAGCAACCAGGAUCAUGUGUCCGGUGACAACGAGACCAACUGCGAUCGAAACCAGCAAAUCAAUGAAGCUUCGGACACUACCGUAGGCACCACCGCAGACACCACCGCAGACACCACCUGCAACGACGCCGGCAACAACCAGAGCGGAGAAGAACUGGUGUGGUACUUUUCGUACGGAUCCAACAUGAACCCAGAGGUAUUCGAAACCGUCCGGAAGAUCAAGUGCCUGGACCACAGGGUGUGCUACGUUCCCGGAUACGUCCUGACCUUUACCGAGGGCAUCCUUCCGUACUGGGAGCCUGCCUUUUGUACCUGCGUCAAGCGGGGGGAGAUCCCCCCGCUCCGCAGCAGAAACCGUAACCAAAGCAGCGAUGCAGAUGCAUCUUGUUCCGUCCCAAGGGAACGGGAACGCCCGGACAUUCACGGGGUCGCCUUUCUGAUCACCCGCGACCAGUUCGAGCACCUGCUCGUCACGGAGGGGGGAAUGGGCUUCCAGGAAUACCGGAAGGAUCCCUUUUGGAACGUUGGUGGCUACGGAGUGGAAGAAGUCGGGUGCAUCGAGAUCGAUCCCGUCUUUGGCGACGAAAACGACGACGGCGGCAGAACCAGCGAGGGCACCAGCGAUAGCCAACCUUGCGACGCCCAUCGAAACGAACCAACCGCGGGUUCGUUCGAAAAGAAAGCCUUUUCGGCCCUCACGCUGGUCGGGCUGAUGGGAUCGCGGCAGCGCUACGAUUGCAACGCCAGCCAGCGGUACUGCAACCUGGUGCGGGUGGGGGCCAGGUCCUCCGGCCUGCCGGUCUUCUACCGCGAGUACCUAGAGAGAGAGCACCCGGCCUACUACUGCGCCCUCGACGACCCGGAGCUUCCCGAGCUCAGGUCCCGGGGAAUCGUGCUGGCCAAGAUCCUCUUUGUGGCACUGAGCAUUCCCUGUUUCUUUGGCUACAUGGUGGUCAUGAAAGUGUGUCCUUGGUUCGAGCGCUUUGGCCGUUUUGGGAAGCGGAAGCGGAACCGGGACGGUGGUGGUGGUGGUUCGUUCUCCCCCGGGAGCGCAACGAAUUCUGGCGAUCCCAACACCGUGCGCCGCCCCGGCAGGGGGGUACCGAAAUUCCGGGGAGGUGGCCGUCCGCCGUGGCUGCUGAUGAAGGCCUGUCAUCUCUAUCAGAGCACCGUCGCGGGAAGAAUCCUGCCCGCGAUCUUGUUUGAUUGGUGGGGGAUUCCGUGCGGAUUCCACAACAGCGAACGCGAAGACAACACCCACAACCACAAACGCAGCACCGGCAAAGAUGGGGCAGCCUUCGUUAACGAACACAAGGACAACGAACAAAGUAGCGUUGUCCACAAACCAUGAAGUACUAGUUUGGAUGAUUGAAAUCAAAAACGCAGAGGCGCUAGGAAAGCCAGCGCCACUGCUCUGUGAGGAGCAGUGCUUCUACUUGCCCCAAGGGGGACAAUGUUUGGGAUCAACGAAUACUAGUUGCAGGUGGAAAACACCUGGAAAUAGACCUUGUGCUGGUGGUGGCGUGGAAUUCCUUAUUUUCUGCUCCUCCUUCUCGAGAGGGUCCAAUGUGAGAAUGUGAGUACCGUACCCUAAUUUUGAAAGCUCACACCCACAAGAAGAAGUGACAAAACAGCUCUUGCAUGUAAAAUGACUUGUAGUAGUGGAAGUGGAAUUAGAAGUAAGAGGAUACAAUAUUGUAAUCACUAGUACUGAUUGAUUAUAUUCUCCAUCAAUAAUGAUAGUAUUCUUUU